UGCAUCAGGCCCAGUUGAAAAGACAACCCAAACCAUUUUUUCUCAGUUCUCACCAAACUCUGCACUUAAAUCUCCCCCAAAAAUCAACCAAAAUUAGAGCUUUCAUCCCCCCAAAAAAAUGCAACAAAGAAUCUAUAUUCCUCUCUUCAAAUUCAUAACAAGACACCCUUUUCGCCCUUGUCCAAAACCCAUAUCUCCAAUUCUUUCAAACCCAAAAUAUUUUCACCAUUUAUCAAACCCCUUUUUCAACAAAAAUAAACCACCACCAUCAUAUUCAUUCAACAUAUUCAGAUUUUACAAUGCUGAAACUGACAAAGUAGUGGAUGAAAUAAACAUGAAAUUUGCAGAAGCAAGAGAAGAGAUUGAAAUGGCAAUGGAAUCUAAAGAAACUGUUUAUUUCAAUGAAGAAGCUGAGUGUGCUAGAGCUGUUGUUAAGGAUGUGCUAGAUUUGUAUGAUGGGCUUCUUUCGAAAUUGCCCGAAAAAGAAAGAGGUGUGAUUCAGAGGUCUAUGGGGUUGAAAAUUGAACAGUUGAAAGCUGAACUUGAACAAUUGAAUGAAUGAAAUGGAUUAAUCAUGAGGUUUGUUCAUUUGGGUUUUAUUUCUAUCUUUUUAUUCAUGAUGAAGAGUUAUGUAUCAAAUAAUGGUUUGUACUUGUUACUUAUAUAAAUCACCUUCCUUAGUUUCUUAUAAUGAUAAUGAUGAUGUUUAUCAUUGUUGAA